AUGUUUGAUUUGGAUCAAUUUUGUCACAAUUUGAUGAUUGUAAUUGGUAUAAUUAUGUAUAUAUUUGGUUUAAUUGGAUGUGUUUCAAAUAUAUAUGUGUUUACAAAAUGGUCGUUUUCCACUCGAAAUCCAACCGAUCCUUAUAGAAAAGUUCGACUAAACAACAGUUCAUUAUAUUUAUUAACAACAGCAAUUGCCAAUUUGAUUCUUAUUAUUUAUCCAUUAGCAGUUCGUAUUAUUGUCGAUGGUUUUGGAUAUUUAGUAACAGAUUCCAAUGAAAUUUUUCUUUGUCGUAUACGAUAUUAUAUUCUUCAAACAUCUGUAAUGAUUUCUUUGAUUUGUACAUGUUUAGCAACAUUUGAUCGUUAUUUAAUCACAUCACGAACUGUUCGCUUAAGACAUUUAAGUGCAUCAAGACACUUAACAAAGCAAAUCAUCCUUUUUGUUGUUAUUCUUACUAAUUUACACAGUAUUCCUACUGCGAUCUACUAUAACAGAUCACGAGUCUAUGAUUGUACAAUUUCCUUAUUAAUUUACGCAAAUUAUUAUUUAUAUUUCGUAGUUGUGUUUCUCUAUGGUAUCUUUCCGAUUUGUUUUCUUUCAAUAUUUGGUUCGUUGACGUAUAAAAAUUUGCGAACACUCAAACGAACGGACAACAACGGAAAUUUAAUUCGUGAUAAACAAUUAUCUGAAAUGAUCUUAUUUCAAUGUAUUGCUCUGGUAUUUUCUUAUAUUCCAUAUUGUAUUCAACAGAUUUAUUUUUCGAAAAUUAAUCUAUUAAACGGUCCUCCAACAUCAUUCGAUCUGUUAUUUCGAAUUGUAACAAUUAUCUUAUUUUAUAUCAAUCCAGUAACGAGUUUUUAUAUAUUUUUCAUUUCUAUACCAAAUUUUCGACGACAAAUCAAAAGUAUUGUUUUGUGUCAAGAUCAUCAUGUAGUUAAUCGAAUAUAUCCAUUAACUAUUGUAAAUGAUGGAGGUUAA